UUAUGGACUCAGCACAAACAUGAGUGUCGCCAUCGUGUGUAUGGCUAAACUGCCUGAUGGUAACUCCUCUGGGUAUCAGAUUUUGACAAAUAUAAGCAUUGCAAACAAUGACCUGGCAUCUUGUGAGUCUACAAAUGACGAGCAGUUUUCGGCAGAGACGGCGGAGUUUGAAUGGAGUAAAAAGACCCAGUCCCUGAUUCUGUCCGGUUUCUUUUACGGCUUCAUGGUGACGCAGGUCCCCGGCGGCUGGAUGGCCAGUCGGUUUGGCGGCAAGAUAGUGAUUGGCUUGUCAAUGGCUCUAGCGUCCCUGUGCACUCUGCUGAUACCAGUACUAGCAAGGGCAAGCCCAUAUGCUGUUGUUUUCGACAGAAUUGUGAUUGGAAUUUCAAAUAAAAUGGCCAUUCCCUGGCGGGAUAUUUGCACGUACACUCCGGCUAUUGCUGUAGUGGUCAUGCAUACCUGUGAUACAUGCACAUUUUACCUAAUACUUACAUGCUUGCCACAGUAUCUCAAGGAGGUUCUCAAAUUCGAUAUUCAAUCUAAUGGACUGUACUCUGCCUUGCCUUGGAUCUCAAUGCUGGUCGGAGUUAUUCUCGCAGGUAUCGGAGCAGACAGUUUUCGCACGAAAGGCUGGUUUUCCGUAACGAUGGUGCGAAAACUCUUUCAGGUCUCAGCUUCGAUCGGCGUGUUUCUCUGUGUUGUCGGAUUGACCAACGAGGCCUGGUGAUCGCUUGUCUGUGUGCGUGUACCAUGCUGGAAGGCCUUGGAUUUGGCGCCGGAUAUACGUGCAACUGGGUCGACAUGUC